AUGGAGUACUAUGUCGACCUUGAAUCUGUUUGCCGUGGACUCUACAAUCUGGCCCUAAAAAAUUGGGAUCGCUUUGAGCAAUCGGGCGAACGAGGAGAACUUGACAAGUCGAUUUUUCACGGUCGCGUAUUACUCGGACUUUAUCCUGAGAGACAUCAAGAUCGCAACAAGGCAUCUACUAUUCUCGGAAAUUUUCUUUCCAGACGAUUCAAGCAAUACGGGAGAAUGGAAGAUCUAGAGGAGGCAGUUGAGUGCUAUCGUGUUGCCCUGGAACUUUGCCCCGACGGUCAUCCCAAUCGUCCCAUUUCUCUCGGUAACCUAUCAAGCUCCCUUCAGACUCGGUUUUCUCGACAUGGAAAAACUGCAGACCUUGAUGAGGCCAUAGAACAUAGUCGCACUGCUCUGAAUCUUUUCCCCAACAGCCAUCCCUAUCAUUCCAUGUCUCUGAAUCUCCUUGCGGAUUCCCUUCACACUCGUUUUGAACAGUGCGGACGAACAGUAGACCUCGAUGAGGCUGUUAAGUAUCACCGUGCCGCCCUGGAUCUUUGCCCCCUCAGUCAUCCCAAUCGUCCCGUGUCUCUGAAUUGCCUUGCGGGCUGCCUUGAAGCGCGAUUCCGACAGCUUGGACAGACUGCAGACCUUGACGAGGCUGUAAAAUAUCAUCGUGCUGCCUUGGAGCUUUGCCCACACGGCCAUCCUAAUCGCCUAAUGUCUCUGAACAACCUCGCAGGUUCCCUUCAAACGAGAUUUCACCAAUAUGGGCAAGCUGCGGACCUUGACGAGGCUGUCAUGUAUCAUCGAGCGGCUUUGGAGACUCGUGCCAAGGACCAUCCCAACCUUUCCAUGUCUAUGAACAAUCUCGCACUUUCCCUUCAAGUUCGAUUUGAACAGCACGGGCGGACCACGGAUCUUGACGAAGCCAUUGAGCUUUAUCGCUCUGCCUUGGGAGCCCUACCCAGCGACGAUCCUAGACGUUCUUUGUCACAGAGUAAUCUUGCAGAUUCCCUUCAAGCUCGAUAUAAUCAGUAUGGGCAGACCGCUGACCUUGAUGAGGCCAUCAAUCUAUACCAUUCUGCACUGGAACUUUACCCCGGCGGCCAUCCUCAUCGUUCCUCGUCUCUGAAUAAUCUUGCGCAUUCCCUCCAAGCUCGAUUUGAGCAACAUAGGCAGAUGGCGGAUCUCGAUGAAGCCAUUGAGCUGUGCCGCUUUGCCCUGGAAAUUUGCCCCGAUGGCCAUCCUAACCGUUCUGCAUCACUGAACAACCUUGCAAAUUCCCUUCAGACUCUCUUUCAACAACAUGGGCAGACUACAGACCUUGAUGAGGCUGUCCAGUAUCAUCGUGCUUCCCUGGAAAUUUGCGGCAAUAGUCAGCCUAGUCGUUCCAAGUAUUUGGCUGGCCUUGCAAGUUCUCUUCAUUCUCGUUUUGAACAGCAUGGACGGACUGCGGAUCUUGACGAAGCCAUCAAACAUUCCCGUGCCGCCGUAGAACUGUGUCCAGAAGGCAAUUCUCAGCAUUCCGGGUCUCUGAGAAACCUGGCCAUUCCUUUACUUUCUCGAUUUAAGAAGUUCGGUGACAAGGAUGAUCUUGAAGAGUGCAUGCAAUUAUUCGAACGUGCCACUGUGCAUAAAUUUUCAAGUGCAGUGAUGCGUCUCGAGACUGCCAGUCAAUGGGCUAGCUUUGCUCGAAGUCAUGCUCACCAUACUACAUCUAGAGCGUACAAAGCGGCAAUGUUGCUCUUGCAAAAAGUUCUCGUCGUUAAUCCUACCCUUCCUGCACAACACGACUUCCUCAAAGGAGUAAAUCACUAUAGAACUCUCACAUUAGAUGCAGUGGCCUAUGCUAUAGAGAGCAACAGGUUCGAAGAGGCUGUAGAGAUACUUGAGCAGGGGAGGGGUUUACUCUGGUCUCAGAUGCGUGGGUUUAGGGCACCUCUAGAUCGCCUUGCAGAAACGAACAAAGAGCUCGCUGACAGGUUCAGGAGUGUUAAUAGCCAGCUGGAGAGUCUUGCAAUCUCGUCUGCUGAGUCGCCGUCUGACACAAGUACAGCCCGGAAUGCGUUAUCCAUAUUAGACGCACAUGAAGAACGGAAAUUGUUUGAGGAGAGGCUGAAGCUGAAGAAGCAACUCAGUAGCGAGCAGGAGGAGGUUAUCAACAAGAUACGGCGAUUACCCGGGUUUGAGAACUUUCUUGCAGCUACGCCAUUUAAAGUACUCCAACACGCAACUUCAGACGGCCCAGUGAUUGUGAUCAACCAUUGCAAUUAUCGAUCUGAUGCACUCAUUGUUUCCUCACGCGAGAAUUUUCCGAUUGUCUGCAUUCCAUUAGAUGGAGAGUUCUUCAACGAUAGCAUUGAGUUGUACAUCGAGCUCUUGGAAACGCGCUUUCACUCUGGAGCUGACUCGCCGGAAUAUGACCAGAUCCUCUGCCAAGUGAUGAAGACGUUAUGGGAUAGGGUCGUCUCCAAAGUCGUCGACAAACUGAUCGAGCUCGGAAUUGCUGAAGGAUCGCGCAUUUGGUGGUGCCCUACCUUCGUGCUGUCCAUUGAGGACACAGACGGUGCUACGAGGUAUCUACUAGACAAAUUCGUCUCAUCGUAUGCUCCGACACUCGGAGCACUCGUCGAUGCACAGUCGUGUAAAGGCACGGAAGAACCGACAGUUCUUGUUAUCGGUGAUACUUCACUUCCGUCAGCUAAGAGCGAGAUUCGCAACAUCAAAAAUUGCGGCAUAAAAAUCAGAUUACUCAACAAUAAGACGUCUCACAAAACGGUGAUUAAAGCGCUUCGGGCCACGGCAUGGGUGCAUUUCGUUUGCCAUGGAGGCUUGGAUCCUCAGCCUUUCAACUCUUCAUUCAAGGUAUCUGACCGUGGUCUGACCUUACUCGAUAUUGUCCAAGCGAAUCUUCCGAACGCAGAGUUCGCAUUCCUUUCUGCCUGCCAUACUGCCGAACAACCUCACGAUGGCAUACAUGAUGAGGUGCUCCACCUCGCUGCAGCAAUGCAGUUCUCUGGAUUUCGAAGCGUGAUCGGGUCGAUGUGGGAACUACUUGACGUAGACGGGCCCUUCUUCGCCAGGAAAGUCUAUGAGUUCAUGUGCGACUGCGACGAGGGCGAGGCGAGGUACAAGCGGGCAGCUGCGGGGCUUCGUAAAGCGGCUGUAGAACUUAAAGGGCGACCUGACAUUCGCACUGAGAGAUGGGUUAAUUUGAUCCACAUAGGUGCUUGA